CCUGCGCCGCCUUUUCUCUGUGCGGCCGCGUCGCCGCCGUGUCUCGUGAGGCUGCCGGGGGGUCUGGCGCCUCCCUGGCUCCCGACUGAGUUGGAGCCGCGGCCUCAGGGCAGGGAGGGAAGGCCCCGUGUGAGGCCUUGGGCCCCCGCCCCCCUCCGGCGCCGCGUCGCAGCGGCAGCGGGUGCCCCUGAGUUCCCCGCUUGGCCUCGGUGAGGCGGGGAGUCAUGCGUGCUGCUGAGCGCUCCGGAGCCGAGGGGAACGCUGCCGCCGGCCGGGUGCUGUCACCCCGUGCCCGGCGCUGCGCCGUGCCCGGCGGGGCUGGGGCUGCGGGCCGUGCGAGCAGCGCCGACCGGGGGGCUGUGCCCCCCGCAAUCCCAAUUUGCAGCCUUAGAGCGUCAGUAGAAACUAGACACAAACUGCAUGCUUAGGGAGCUUUUUGGCUGGAGGGUAGACACCUUUUUUUCUCGCGGUUCCUAGUGUGUAAAGUGUCAACAGAGGGCAGCUGUUUGGCCAAAGAAGGACACAAAACUAGGUGAUAGAAAGUAGGGUUUUGCAUACAAAGGCCGUUCUGGGAAAAGGAAACAAAGAUAUGACAAUCAAGUAGGGGUUAAAAUACAAUGAGAGAAUGAAUUGUGAUGGGGAGACAGCAACAAAAAAUAAAGACAGAAUUAUUUAAGCCUUUCAUCGUUGUAAAAUGUGGUGAAGUGAGGUUUGAAUUUGUUCAUAUUUGUAAGUUGCCCUUUAAUAGUACUAAAGUGGUGUUAAUAUUUUGUUAAAGUAGUACUGAACUGGAAGGUUGCUUGUUCUUACUAGUUUAUGUCUUCCUAAAAACUGUCUUUCUCUAGAUGUGGAUGAAUUAUCUCAAGGUGUAGCCAACUGACAAGCUGAGCAGAGGCUGAGAAGUUAGCUUGAAAACCUAUAAAUAUCUUGACACCUUUUGGAAGUAGUAGGUUUCAGAGAUGCUUACCAUUUUUCUGUCAUUGGCAGAUUUAAAGCAGAGGUGACCUGCCAGAAUAUUUUUAUUGACCUUUUAGAUGAUGGUAUUGCUUGCAUCUCCAGCUUACAGGUACAGAGCAGGCUGAUACAGAAGAUGGUCACUUUUCGGUUUCAUCCAUGUGUUUCCUCUGCAUCUUUCUAAUAUUUAGUAUUAAUUGUGAGACAACAUUCCAAGAGUUAUCAUGAGUACCUGGUAUUGUGUCUUCUAGUAUGUCAAAACACACUAGGAAGUACUAGAAAUAACUUCAAAAGGUUAUCUCCUUAUCAAGAUAAUAUUUUUUUUUUGUCUUCUCAGAAGUUCUUGUCAGUCUCUGACAAACCCCCAGAAAGUUUGAGAAGGACUUGAGAAUUUCUGUAACAAAUAGCUUGAAUCACAUGACCGUGAACUGUGAUUAUCGGAAGGGUUUUGCUUUAGAUACUGAGGUUUUGAAGCUUUUUAAAUUAUUACACAGAACCCGGCAAGAAGUUUUUAAAAAUGAUACCAGAGCCCUUGAAGCUGCAAGACAAAAGAUAAAUGAAGAAUUCAAAAAUAACCAAGAUGAGACAUCUGAAGAGAAGAUAAAUGAGCUUCUCAAAAUAGCUUCAGAUGUUGAAGUGAUUCUCAGAACUUCUGUUAUUCAGGCAGUUCACACAGAUUCCAACAAAAUACUGCUCAUACCCAGGAAAGAUCUACUACAAGACAACACUCCUUACAUUGAUAAACCAACAAAAAAGCAUGAAUCCUGAGGAAAAUAUGGCACUUUCCCCAGAAGUUUAAUAUCCUGUAAUAUCAUCUCUGAAAACCAAUAGUGGAUAACUGUUUUAAAGCUGAAUUUUUAAAACAGUUAAAUAUUGUUACCAGAAAAACAGACCAAGCCACUGAUUUUAUUGUGCACUAUGAUGUCAUCAUACACUUCUUCUGUGGAAGCUACUAAUACUUCCACGGAAUCUCAAGACAAACAGUUCUUUUAGCUGUUGAAUUGUGUAACUUGAGUCAGGAAAUUUUCAAUUAUGGCAGUUAUCAGACAGAGAUUGUUUCCUAGCAAUCCAGAGUUUUUCAAAAGAAAAUAAAAAUUAAAUGCCGUUCUUAAUCCUGAUAAUAUUUAUUUGUACAUUUAUUAUCAAUCAUAUACUGCUUUGAAGUAAUGAAAAACCAUCUUGUGGCACUUAUAUUUAUGCUUUGGAUCUAAAGCAUGGUUUCUGAUGUUGUCAUUAAUUGUACACUAAAAUACUGUAAUGUUUGAGAGAGUUCUUAAAGUUCAUCAAAAUAAAUUAUAGUGACUGACUUACUGA